AAGGCUCUCCGUGUGGCUCGCUUUGCAACAGAUCGCUUCUUCAAAUGCUCGCACAAAGCCCAGAGCUCGAUGAGGUGUGGGCAAGUAGCUGUCUAAACGUGGAUGAUGCCCUCCAUGCGCUUUCAGCCUGCCUGGUGGCUGGGCAGUCGAAAACGUCGCCGUCUAUUAAGCUCCUUUGACUGGGAGCAGGUGACGGGUAGAGACGGAAGUUCUGGAAAUCACCGGAGAAGGGAGGGAAGGGCUCCUUCCGGCCGCCUGCUCCCGGAGUCUUCGUGGGGAACGUGAGGUGAGAGCAGGCCGUGAAGAGUAGACACGACUGAUGACUUCAGGGAUGCUACACCUUUCUCUCCUGCCUGGGCAAGCCUCGAGAACAGCCCAUCUUCACCACCCGAGCGCAUGUCUUCCAGAUUGACCCCAACACCAAGAAGAACUGGAUGCCUGCGAGCAAGCAGGCGGUCACUGUUUCCUACUUCUAUGAUGUCACAAGGAACAGCUAUCGGAUCAUCAGUGUGGACGGAGCCAAGGUGAUCAUAAACAGCACAAUCACACCGAAUAUGACCUUCACCAAAACGUCACAGAAGUUUGGGCAGUGGGCCGACAGCAGAGCCAACACGGUGUUUGGUUUGGGGUUUUCCUCUGAGCAGCAGCUGACAAAGUUUGCAGAGAAAUUCCAGGAGGUGAAAGAAGCUGCCAAGAUAGCCAAAGACAAGACGCAGGAGAAAAUCGAGACCUCAAGUAAUCAUUCCCAAGAAUCUGGGUGUGAAACCCCAUCUUCUACUCAGGCAUCCAGUGUCAAUGGGACGGACGAUGAAAAGGCCUCUCACGCCGGUCCAGCCAACACACACCUGAAGUCUGAGAAUGACAAGCUGAAGAUUGCCUUGACGCAGAGCGCAGCCAACGUGAAGAAAUGGGAGAUCGAGCUGCAGACCCUUCGGGAGAGCAAUGCCCGGCUGACCACAGCGCUGCAGGAGUCGGCAGCCAGUGUGGAGCAGUGGAAGAGGCAGUUCUCCAUCUGCCGCGACGAGAACGACCGGCUCCGCAACAAGAUUGAUGAGCUGGAAGAACAAUGCAGUGAGAUCAACAGAGAGAAGGAGAAGAACACGCAGCUGAAGAGGAGGAUUGAGGAGCUGGAGGCAGAGCUCCGAGAAAAGGAGACAGAGCUGAAAGAUCUCCGAAAGCAAAGUGAAAUCAUACCUCAGCUCAUGUCAGAGUGCGAAUAUGUCUCUGAGAAGCUAGAGGCGGCAGAGAGAGACAAUCAAAACCUGGAAGACAAAGUGCGUUCCUUAAAGACAGACAUAGAGGAGAGCAAAUACCGACAGCGCCACCUGAAGGUGGAGUUGAAGAGCUUCCUGGAGGUGCUGGACGGGAAGAUUGAUGACCUGCAUGACUUCCGCCGAGGCCUCUCCAAGCUGGGCACCGAUAACUAGGGCUGGCUGAGGCCCAGGCCCUGCCCGUGAGUCCCAAGCGUGUGUGCGAGACCAGAUAGCUCUAGGACAUUCUUCUGUGUGCAUUGCUUCUGUAAACGCAGGCGCAGUUUGUCGUGUUUCCAAACCAGUUGUGCCGUCCACUCACUCCUUUCCAGAAUAGAAAUCUCCUCUCGCUUCUCUGGCCUUGUGAGGUUGUGGACAACUGGAAGAUUCUGACUCAGGAAUCCAGAACUAGGUCUACCUUCAACAUUUAUGCAGUCAGGGCAGGGAUGUUUAUAUCUUUCAUAAGGGCUGUUGCAACCAUAUGAACUGAAAACACGCAUUUUCUAAUCCAAAUAUUGAUAUUCUUUACACCAAGCCAUCAGGCUCCUUUUAUCAAAUAACAUUCAGAGUAUUUGAAUGUCCACCAGGCACCAGCCCCGGGGGGCACAGAGAGAACAACAUUCCUCUCUGUCAACAUUGAGAGGCUUUAAAACAACUGUUUAGUUGUUUAGUGGAAACUUACUGAGAGAUGGAAAACAAGCUUCUGGUGGGUGCAUUUUCUGGCCCGGGAGUUGCCUGCAUCCACGAUACUGCCCCCCUGCCCCCCAGUUUGUAUGGUUGCAACAGUGUUCCUUUUCUUGGUUUUAAUUUCUGAGCAGAUGAUUGUGCUGUGGGAACAGCACACAGUGAGGGUGCCUAGCACAAUGUCUGGCACAAAGUAGGUGCUUAAUAAAUAUUUGUUCAAUUAAAUGUG